AUGGCUGGUGUCACAUCGGGGGAACCAACAGUGAAGAAGCAAAAGCUCGAUCGGACAGUUGCUUCCUUAAAUGCUAAAGAAGAGUCUAUCGGCUCCACUACGGCACGAUUUGCGACCAGUGAUUUGCAGCCCCUCAAUUCUAUCCCCUUUUCCAUGCAGGCCUUCAUGGACUCCUUGACAGAGGAGCAGAGGAGCCUACUGAGUCUAGAAUGCGAAACGAUGGGGAAGAGUUGGCUCAAAGUUCUUAAAGAUGAAAUAAAGAAGCCUUACUUUAUCGCAUUAAAGAAAUUCCUGUGGUCCGAGGGCGUCAAAGGCCCUACUGACGUGACAAAAAAUAUCUUCCCACUACCAACCAAUAUCUAUACCUGGUCGAAGACCCCUCUUGGCCGUGUCAGGGUUGUCAUCAUCGGACAGGACCCCUACCACACUCCAGGCAUGGCGCAUGGAUUGUGCUUCUCUGUUCCCCACGGACAGAGUCUUCCUCCUUCGCUAUUGAACAUCUACAAGGAGAUCAGGAAUGAAUAUCCAGAAUUCACUCCGCCGAAGCACGGUAACCUAACCGCCUGGGCUAACUCCGGUGUUCUGCUAUUGAACUCGGCAUUGACGGUGCGCAGCGGUGCCGCGAACUCUCACAAGGGGAAGGGCUGGGAGGCCUUCACAGAAAAGGUGAUCGAAACCGUUGACAAAUACGGCGGAGCAAAUCUCAGCGGAGCAAACGGGGUUGGUCGCGGCAUAGUCUUCUUAUGCUGGGGAAAAGACGCCGCAAAGCGCGUCGCGAAGCUCGACAAGGAGAAGCACUGUAUUCUUCAUAGUGCUCACCCCUCCCCUUUAAGUGCUUCACGCGGCUUCUUUAGGAACGGGCACUUCAAGAAGGCCAAUGACUGGCUUGAAUCGCGAUACGGGAAGGACGGCCUUAUCGACUGGUGCACACUGGAUGUACAGGAACCAAACCCAUCUCAGUAA